CUGUGGCUAGGUCUUGUCUAGGGGUUGUUUCGCUGGCAGGCUUUCACUGUGUGAGCACACAGCAUGGUUUUAUCCUGUAGACAAAAGAACGUACAGGAGCUAGAAGGGCCUUCAAGGUGGAGCUAGGAGAGUCCAAUCAGUGCUAGGUAUGGCCGUUCUUCUGCCUCUCCUACCCAUCAUAAGGAAGUAGGUGUGACUGACUUUCUGGGAAAAGUCCCUCCUACCCUUCCCAGCACUAAGUGUCCACAAGCAGGCCACAGCUGGCUCUGCCACUAAGUCUGUCAUGGUGUCUUGGGACAAGGCUCACCUGGGUCCUAAGUAUGUGGGCCUCUGGGACUUCAAGGCACGAACAGAUGAGGAGCUGAGCUUUCAGGAAGGAGACUUCCUCCAUGUUACCAGGAAGGAGGAACAGUGGUGGUGGGCCACACUGCUGGAUACAGAAGGCAAGGCCUUGGCUGAAGGCUACGUGCCCCACAACUACCUGGCUGAGAAGGAAACUGUAGAGUCUGAACCGUGGUUCUUUGGUUGCAUCUCCCGCUCAGAGGCCACCCACAGGCUGCAGGCUGAGGACAACUCGAAGGGUGCCUUCCUGAUCAGAGUCAGCCAGAAGCCAGGAGCAGACUAUGUCCUCUCUGUGAGGGAUGCUCAGGCUGUGCGACAUUACAGGAUCUGGAGGAAUGAUACGGGCCAGCUGCAGCUGAAUGAGGUGGUGUCCUUUUCCAGUCUAUCUGAGCUUGUGGACUACCACAAGACCCAGAGCCUGUCCCAUGGUCUACAGCUGUCCAUGCCCUGCUGUAAGCACAAAACUGAGCCCUUGCCCCACUGGGUUGACUGGGAGAGGCCGAGGGAAGAGUUCACACUCUGUAAGAAGCUGGGAUCCGGCUACUUUGCAGAGGUCUUCGAAGGGCUCUGGAAAGACCAGGUCCGUGUGGCUGUGAAGGUGAUCUCUAGAGACAGUCUCCUGCACCAGCACACCUUCCAGGCUGAGAUUCAAGCCAUGAAGAAGCUUCGGCAUAAGCACAUCCUGCCACUGUACGCUGUGGCAACUGCAGGGGACCCGGUCUACAUCAUUACGGAGCUUAUGCCCAAGGGGAGCCUGCUACACCUCUUGCACAACUCUGAUGCAAAAGCCCUGCCUGUUUUGGAGCUGGUGGACUUUGCAUCACAGGUCGCUGAGGGCAUGUGCUACCUGGAAUCUCAGAAUUACAUCCACCGUGACCUGGCUGCCAGGAACGUUCUUGUUACAGAGAACAAUCUCUGCAAAGUGGGGGACUUUGGACUGGCCAGGCUUGUCAAGGAGGACAUCUACCUUUCCCGUGAGCACAACGUCCCCUACAAAUGGACAGCACCUGAGGCACUUUCCCGAGGGCAUUACUCCAUCAAAUCUGACGUCUGGUCUUUUGGGGUUCUCCUUCAUGAAAUUUUCAGCAGGGGGCAGGUGCCCUAUCCAGGCAUGUCCAAUCAUGAAACCUUCCUGAGGGUGGAUGCCGGCUACCGCAUGCCCUGCCCUCUGGAGUGCCCGCCCAACAUACACAAGCUGAUGCUCUGCUGUUGGAGCGGAGACCCCAAGCAGAGACCUUGCUUCAAAGCUCUGUGUGAGAAACUCUCAGGUAUCACCAAGUAUGAGAAUCUGGUCUGAGCUCCUUGGACAUGGCCAGGACUCACAGAAGAGGGCUUCAUGAUUACCCUGGACUUCUAUUGAAGGCACACACCAUCCUUCAGUUGACUGAGAUGAAAAGAUAGGAAAGAUAUCAAGCAUACUUCAAAUACUGCCUGUUGUCAAGGAAAAAGUAAAGAGGCAGCCAUGUUCUUUCCCAUUUAUCCUCCUCCAGGAGGCAGUACACAAAAUCCAGGAAGUCACACUCCGGCUUCUUCUUCCCUUCUUCUGUGAAGACUUCAUGUGACAGAGAAGCCAAGAAAAGUCUAGGCAACAGGCCUUGGAGAGUUCUUGCCAUAUCACUUUUGGAGCUUGACUGUCCACAAACAUAUACCCCACUCUUUAGCACCUUAAUUCUGCAGGAUUCUUAUGCCACAUAAAACUCGGAACAAG